AUGCCCUUUACGAAAUCUCGCGUUGACUUCGGCACCCACACUCAAGACAUCAGUGUGUCAUCUGCGCACCCUACCGACUCGGACCGCCAGACCCCGACAACGAACGCUUCUUUGAAAAAUGAUUCUCAUUCUCCCUUCAACACACCGACAGCACAGGACAGCGAUGCAUAUGUAGAACUCGUCGCAAAGACGGAACUUGGCCAAUUGGCUCCUAAACCCAAAGUGUCGCACGCUCGUAAGACCGCGCCAGGUCACAUCAAACGUCCUCCCAACGCCUUUAUUCUGUUCCGCUCGCACUGCUGCUCACCCCCGGCACCUGGAGAAGAGGAUUACGACGCACCUGGGACACCAACAGCACAACAGCUCUCGGUGCUUGGUAUCAACGACCAUCGUCAUAUCUCUCGCAUCGUUUCUCACCUCUGGAAAAGCUUGCCCGUUUCGCACAAGAAGUAUUGGGAGAUCAAGGCCGAGGAGAAGAAGUCCGAGCACCUUGCCGCCCACCCCGAUUAUCGAUACAAGCCCGUUUAUCGGACACCCGGACAGAUCCGCAAGCGUAGGAUGGUCGUUGACGAAGCCGACGUCGAAGCCGAGAAGCGUGCGUGCGAGCAGGUCGCCUCGGACUUGCUCGUCUCGAGCGGAGCGCACCUUUUAAUCGAGAAGGAGGAGGAGGAAGAGAAGAGGCGCAUUGCUCAGUCUUUGAGGUCUGGAGGAGCUUCGUCGGAGGACCUCAAGGUUCAUGGAGCCGAAGGAACCCAGACCGGACCAACACGACAGAAGCGACCAGCCAAGCCUCGAUCUCGACCAAGCGGUCGCAGAGCCAAGGAAAGCUCCGCAGACGACAUAUCUCUUGGUGAAGUCAACCGACAGAAGUGGACCUUCGACACCGUGAUGGACGCGGUCAACAAAGGCAUGGUACCUCCCCCACCUCCCGCUCGCUCUCCCCCAAAAAAGCCUCGAAAUGGUCCCUCGGCAGCCUCGCAGUUGCCUGUGCAGCCCGAGCAGUCGCCCAAUGCCCUCCACGCCUCAGGCAUCCAGAUCGACAAUUACGCGCAGGAAGAGUAUCCCGUUCAGUUCCUCGAAAUUCCUACGGAUGGUACAAAGCGUAAUUCGGGCUACUCGGGGCUCAAAGCGACCGGUGGAUCCACGGCGCCGGCGGAAUAUGAGUACCUUCAGGGGCUCAAUUGCUUCGUUGCACAAUCCCACUCAAAGGCGCCCCUUCAGCCGCAACAGCCGCAACAAGCACAUCGACAGCGACAAACGCAGAGCCAGCAGCAGCAGCAGCACUCUCCCCUACGCCACGUACAACAGCCACACCCCACUUCUGCUCAUGGCAAUGCGGCGCGAAGGCAGGAACCCACUCCAUCCAAACGGCUCGACCGUGGUUCCUUGCAAUUGUCGUCGUUUUCUUUCCCCCAAUUCGGUCUAUCUCCCGGAGGCUUGGCCCGGCCUUUCCCGUCGCCUCCCAUCCUUUCUCCUCGGUCGAUGCAGCACUUCUACCAGACGUUCAGCUCGCCCACCCCGUCCACGCGCCCUGAGACAAGCAGCACUCGAACUGAACCGCAGGUCAUGCCGAGUCCAUCUUCGGCCGCCUUCGGUGGCAAUGGCAACCCCGCAAUUUUUGCGGCGGGGCGCAGGGAAUCAGAGCUCAACCUUCCACUUGCUGGCAUGCGACGACGCGGAACUCUUGGCAGGACGACCCAGGGAGGGGACGUGAUGCUGAUUUCGCCCGUGUUGGGGCAAUUCGGAGAAGCGCGCAAAUUCUCAUUGGGACGAUGGGAGCUCACGCGUCCCACUCCGGAUUUCAAUCCGCCGGCUCACUCACCACUCGCGGCCGAGGGUCUCACCGCUUACGACUUGCCCCCGGAGAUCGCGGAAAUGUUCGGGACCUCCCUACCGAUGGACACUCUGGGUACCGAGCUCAACGCGAUCGGUUGCAAUCAAGAGGAACGGCAAACAGACCAGGCUUCCUCCCCGUCCGCGAGUGAUCACUCGGACUACAGACCCAGCAGCUCAUCGAGUGAAAUGUCCAAUGGCAGUGAUUGCGAACAAUUUUCACCGAGGUUCGAGAAUCCGAAGGACGCGCCAUGGAACCAAUGGAAGCAGCAAAGCCACAUUGGCGACUUUGGCUACCACGUGGAGGGGCAACCAUUCUUUGUGUCGCCACCCUCAGGCCUGGCGGUGCCUCAAGAAUCACCAGCAAUGGAGUCCCGCCAAACCGCGACGGUCGAAGUCACUAGUCACCAGUGGCAGGCGUACGAGGCACCACAGGGGUUGGGGCAGGGGCCCACUUUCGGCUCUCCUUCGUUUGGUGGCUCGUUCCAUCCAGGCGAGUAUUUCCAAACCCCCGAUACACCGAUCGCGACGACGCAGUGGGCCCACUCGAAGCACGAUGGAACCCCGAGCCAAUUCAACUACAAUGCCACAUUAUCCGCACGAGGAUCUCGGUCCCAUCUCUUGCCGUAUCGCGAACGAGGUAGCGAUGCAACAAUCCGUGGUCGUUUUGACUCGUUGGCAGCGGCGGAGGCCAGGAGGAUAGCGUUGGAGGUGCUUCAACGGCAAUUGCAACAACCUGAGCUUCAGAUCCAGCAGCCACCCACUUCUGAUGCUGCUGAGAGUGGAGACGAAUUCUAUGGAGAAUACCUGCACUUGACCUCCGGGCAGGCGAAGGACGCCGUUUUGAUUGAUUGCUUGCUACGGUGAGUAGUCUUGAACUCCUCGGGCUCGACGCGGCAAUCUUGCUGACGCCUCUUCGUCCUCCUCCCUUUCAGAAACGGCUAUGGUGUUUCCUUUGAUCGUCUGCCAGAGUCAUCAACCUUGAUGUCAUAA